GCACAACCACUUACUCCGGCGGGCCGCCCACUCCCACCGGACGACUUCACACCCAUUCCUGCCGACCACCGCAAUUCUUCCCUCCUCUUCCUCUCUUUUCUGUUGUCUCUACAUCUUACCUAUCUCUACCGGCGGGCACAACCACCCUAUUCCGUCGGGCCGCCUACUCCCGUCGGACGCCGUCACACCCAUUCCCGCCAACCACCGCAACACCCGAACUAUCUACAGAAGAAGCCGAGUUUUCACUCUCAAAUUUUUUCAGCACAUCGUGAGUGAGGGUGCUUUUUUCCCAGCAUGGACACCCUUCAGAGGUUUGGGUGCUUCACAACUUCCAUCAUCAAAUCUCCAUUACCAAAACCUCUUUCAGUUCCUCGUCAAUGGAAACCAACUCCAACUAGUCAACCAUCUUUCUGGCUCCCAAGAACGAGCCUUCGCCCAGUUGGUGAAAUUUCAGAGGAGGAUGUUUUGCAAACAUUCCUUACAGAGAGACAGUUGAAUGGAGAUUUCAUAUCAAAAGUUUCUGAUAUGUUUUGGCAGAGAGAGGCUAUGAAGUUUGUUGAUGCUGAAGCUGCACUUUCUGAUACUUCUCGACAAGCAGAUCAGGUCAUAGAGAGUGACAACGAUGGCGGGUUUUUGAAACUCACUAGAACCCAGGAAUGGGUAUCAGGUGACACCUCUGCACCAAUAAAUAAAAAGGCUGGUGCGAAGGCAUUGCAGGAUGACAGAGAAAGAAGAAGGAGACUGAAUCUUCUCAAAUAUGAAGCUCUCAAGAGGGAAUUAUGGCUUUUAUCAAUUGGAAUUGGAACUGCUUGCACGGGGUACUGUUUGGUUGUUCUAUCUGUCCAGGCUGCUAUUAGUUAUGCAACAGGUGUUCUUUUCAGUUGCUUGUACCUUCAGCUCUUAUACCGACAUGCAGAUAACAUAUCUAGAGACGCAGUUCCACAAAUCUUUAGGCAGAAGAAGGCUAAAAAAAUUGGAAUAAGAAGUGAAGAUGUGAGGGAUAUGUUUGAGAGAUCGAUAAAGGGUAGUGGUAUUGCUGUCUCAUCUCCGAGGCUUGUGAUCCCAGCAGCAAUAUAUGGUCUUUGGAUUCUGUCUCAUCAAUAUCUAUCCAAUGAUUUCUUUGAUUUCCAGAUGGUGCCAGCAAUGCUUGGAAUGUUUGUCUAUAAAGCCGCUGCUCUUGUACAAGUUUAUAGAGACAAUGAAGACCUGCAAUUUAUCUUUCCUGAAAAUGAGUAAGGCUCAAAAUGACCGGAUAUUUUACUUGAUUAUUUUUUUACACAUAUUCGAGGUACACGGCACCAGCUUCUUAUUAAAAAAAAGAAAAAAAAAACAAGACAUAAGUGGAGCGAGCGCGCAGGAUGCUUCUAAGAAGCGUGGCCCCUGUAGAUUGCACUAUUAGUUUGUAUGUAUGUAUGUCCCACCAUUUUUGUAGAAUGGAAUCCGAAAAUUACCUUGAAGAUAGUCUCUGAAGUAAAGGCAAAUAGUAGGUAAGGGAAUCUACAUAAUGCACGAAUUGUUGGCUGAUUCAAAUAAACAUCUGCAAGUUAUAGCAGCAACUUCCCAAUCCCUAUGGUAAGAUCGAUUCCGCUUGGCUUUGCGUGUCGUUAGUUUAACCGCCAAGCAUGGUGUCUAAGCAUGUAUUCAGUCUUAAACCAUCUGUAGAACAUGAUUAUAGUUGGGUGAAGCCGAGGAGAGUUGAUUAAGUUUAAGAAAUCCUUUUCGACAUUUUCUUUUUUGGUUUGCUUUAAAGAGUGUAUGCUUC